UUGAUGGAUUUAAAAUGAAAUAUUUUAUAAUUGACAGAAUGGAAGCUACAAAUGAGAAAACUGAAUUUAUCCAAAAAGAAAAUGCGCCUCAGGACCAUCAGCAGCCUGAUGAGCCAAGGGAACUCCAUAAAGAGUUUAAACAACGCCGUGAGAAGGAGCAGAAAGGCAAAAAAGAAACACGUAUAUUCUUCAGAAUCUGGUUUGGCUUGAAUAAGAGAGAGAUCAUAAAGACUGCUAUUGGCUCUUUUGCAGCAGCUUUUGCAGGAAUCUCUAAACCUGUUUUUGGAUUCUACGUCAUUACAAUAGGAGUGGCAUAUUACAAUCCUGAUUCAAAGGAGAAAGUAGCUCGGUAUUCAGCAAUAUUUACCUCAAUAGGACUGCUUUCUUUGUUUGCCCACACUUUGCAACAUUACUUAUUCGGAGUAGCUGGAGAGAAGGCCAUGACAAACCUCAGGCGAGCGCUGUACACCGCCGCACUACGAAAUGAAUUAGCAUGGUUUGAAAAGCCCGAAAACAGUACUGGAUCACUUACCUCCAGGAUAGUCAAUGAAACAUCUACAGUCAAAGCGAUAAUAGCUGAUCGCAUGUCUGUCAUUGUCCAGUGCAUCUCCUCUAUACUGAUAGCAACAACUGUCAGCAUGAAAGUUAACUGGAGAAUGGGUUUAGUGGCUUGGGCUGUAAAGCCAUGCCAUUUUAUAGGUGGGAUGGUUCAAGCAAAGUCAGCUAAAGGUUUCUCUAGCGAUAGCGCUGUUGCACACUCAGAACUUGUUUCCCUAGCUUCUGAAUCUACAAUGAAUAUAAAGACUGUUGCAGCAUUCUGCUACGAAACACAGAUACUUGAGAAGGCCAAACUGUGUUUAAAGAGACCAUUGAGGAAAGGGAGGACAGAGAGCAUCAAGUACGGAAUCAUACAAGGGAUCUCUCUUUGCUUAUGGAACAUUGCACAUGCAGUGGCCUUAUGGUACACAACAGUUCUGGUCAACAAGAACCAAGCCAGCUUUGAAGAUGGCAUAAGGUCAUACCAGAUAUUUUCCCUAACAGUACCCUCAAUUACAGAACUAUGGACACUCAUACCCACUGUUUUAUCAGCCAUCGGUGUUCUAAAACCUGUGUUCGAGAGCCUUGAUUGGUGCACAGAAAUUGUACCAGACAUGCCAGACAAUGCAUCAACUGAAAACAUCAAAGGGGAAAUCGAGUUCCAAAAUGUCAAGUUUCGUUAUUCGUCAAGGCCAGAAGUAAUGGUACUAAACAACUUCAGUAUGCAAAUUGAAGCUGGAGUUAAGAUGGCAAUAGUGGGGCCUAGUGGAGCAGGAAAAUCUUCAAUCUUCGCCCUAUUACUUAGAUUCUAUGAUGUGAAUGAGGGAAAAGUUCUGAUUGAUAGCAAGGAUAUAAGAGGUUACAAUCUUAGGAAGUUAAGGGUACAGAUUGGACUGGUGCAACAGGAGCCACUUCUGUUUAGCUGCUCAAUUAGGGACAGUAUCCGUUACGGAAGUGAAAAAGCAUCUGAAGCUGAGAUAAUAGAAGUGUCAAGAGAAGAAAACAUACAUGAGUUUAUAAGUAACUUGCCCAAUGGAUAUGAUACUGUUCUUGGGGAAAAGGGCUCUCAACUUUCUGGAGGACAAAAACAGCGGAUAGCCAUAGCGAGGGCGUUACUCAAAAGACCAGCAAUAAUGCUGUUGGAUGAAGCAACAAGUGCCUUAGAUACCGAGUCCGAAAGAGCAGUGGUAAGUGCAUUGGAAUCAAUGAAGCUGAACAACUAUGGAGGCACAAAAGUGACUCAGAUAACAGUAGCACACAGGCUUUCGACAAUAAUAAAUUCAGAUACUAUAGUUGUUAUGGACAAAGGUAAGCUUGUGGAAAAGGGCAGCCACUCAACCCUGAUGGCAGAGCUUGACAGUGUGUAUUCAAGACUUGUUAGGCUCCAAAGUGUGGAAUAAUUUGACAAAAACUGACAAUACAUAAAACAUAAUGAGUCUGCCUUUUUCUCGAUACAGUGGAUAAACAUAGCUUAAGUAUCACACUAGUUAGUAUUUGCAGAAAACAUAUGAAAACCUGUUUAUAUGUAUCUCUUCUCCACAGAGAUUUGAGUACACAUAAGCGAUAAACGAAAAGAAAGAGUCGUUCAAAUUUUCAGUCUGUAUCCAGGUUUGAUGCUGUGUAUCCUUUAGAUACUCUGAAUAAAUUAACACGGAUGCUUUAUACAUUCUUUCGUUUUUCACUCUCCUAUACAGACACAAUCCAGGGCAACAAAACACAAAGACAAUAGUAGUAUGUUAUUUAAUUGCUCAAAACAUAAUACAGUCAGAACAUGCCAGACUGGUUGAAUUGCAGUGGAACCUGAUAUAAUGGCUCCUUCGCGUCUUUUAUUAGCCUUGUCCAACCAACCAUUUCUUUGAGAGUUACUACAGAUUCUGUUUUCUGAGGAAACUGUGAUUACAGAAAUGGACCUAAUCUGGAAUUUGUCGCAAGCAAUCUAGAAAUAUGAUAGGUGAUUCAUGUAAAUGAAAAUAUGAACAAAGCACCAGUACAAGCAUUAAUAUUUUUAAAACAUUAAUGAGAAAACAAAAGGCCAAAACCAGUGUCUUCAAAAAUGUUGACCUCGCCUAAAAGGAGACUAGAAAAUUUACGGUAAAAAGACUUAUUUAAUUGUUUUAACAUCUCAGCAAUAAGGUAGAAAGGAAAAAAAGAAGAAGAGCAUAUAAACAAGAACAGCUACAUCUAUAUCCCAUAUGUCCAGUAUUUCCAACACCAUGCUUUUAACCAAUAAGUGACCGGAAUUCCAACAAUUAAGCACACAGGUUUUACCAAAUUGAUGGAGAUCCCGGGAAUAGAAUAGCCAUUCAUAUGUUUACAUUUGCAAAUAAACAAAUAAAUAGUCCCUUUAAGUUUAGAAGUACUCUAUUUCUGUCAUUUCUCUAUAUCAAUGAACAAAUUGACUAAAACAAACACACCUCUGCAUUUCUCUGGAAUCUUUAACGUCAGCCUUGAACUUAUGGAACCUCAUACCGCACAAACCCUCGUUGGUUAAAAGCAAACGCAACUUCAACUUUUAAUAAUCAAUCUUA